ACUGCUACGGAUUCUUGGGAAGAGAUGGAUGGUUGACAUUCUCUGGAUUUAGGAUAUAUGGUUCGCGGGACGUAUCUGCUGACAUCUGACAUUUUUCCUAUGUUUUGAAUGGAGUAGUUGUUUUCCUGCUAACGAUUCAUUCUGAAAUACCAAAGGCUGGUGCUGGGAGCGGUUCAUGUAUAUCGCACUUAACUCUACUGCACCAGAAAUGAAUGCCAACAGUAUGCCUAAACAAGUGGAGGUGAGGAUGCACGAGAGCCACCUGGAGCCCAUCGAGGCCCGGCCCCAGUCCAAAUGUGGUCUUCUAUGUUCCAAGAUGGUCAAGAACCUUCUGCUCACACUCACAGUGCUCGGUGUGAUCCUGGGAGCUGUAGCAGGCAUGUUGCUCCGAGUCGCCUCCCCAAUUCACCCGGACAUCAUCAUGGUGAUCGCGUUUCCUGGAGACAUUCUCAUGAGAAUGCUCAAGAUGUUGAUUCUGCCCCUUAUCAUUUCUAGUUUAAUCACAGGUCUGGCUGGUCUGGAUGCCAAAUCGAGUGGUCGCCUUGGCACAAGAGCUAUGGUCUACUACAUGAGCACCACUAUCAUUGCUGCUGUCCUGGGAGUCAUCCUGGUGCUGGUGAUCCACCCUGGUGACCCCAAACUCAAGGAGAACCUGGGGGAGGGCACCAUCAACGACGACGUGUCCAGUCUGGACGCUGCCUUCGAUCUCAUCAGAAACCUGUUCCCUGAAAAUCUUGUCCAAGCUUGUUUCCAGCAGAUCCAAACAGUCACCAAGAAAGUCGAGAUCGAGCCAGAGAUUGUCAAUGUGAGCACAAUUGACGGACUGGUGGCGAAUGUCACCAAAGAACCUCAGUACAUCAUCAAAAAGUCUCUGCAGUUCAAGAGCGGAAUGAACGUUUUAGGGCUGAUUGGUUUCUUUAUUGCAUUUGGCAUCUGCAUGGGCAAGAUGGGCGAGAGGGCCAAACUCAUGAUUGACUUCUUCAACAUCCUCAAUGAGAUUGUGAUGAAACUUGUCAUCAUGAUCAUGUGGUACUCCCCCUUCGGUAUCGCUUGUCUGAUCUGUGGUAAGAUCAUCUCUAUUAAAGACCUGGAGGUGGUAGCCAAACAGUUGGGCAUGUACAUGAUCACCGUCAUCAUCGGACUCAUCAUCCACGGAGCCAUCUUCCUCCCUAGUAUCUACUUCGUUAUUGUCAGGAAAAACCCCUUCACCUUUUUCCUGGGAAUUUUCCAAGCCUGGAUCACUGCCCUGGGCACAGCUUCAAGUGCUGGUACGCUACCUGUGACCUUCCGUUGCCUGGAGGAGAACUUGGGAAUCGACAAAAGAGUCACCCGUUUUGUGUUGCCUGUGGGCGCUACCAUCAACAUGGACGGCACUGCUCUGUAUGAAGCUGUGGCGGCCAUUUUUAUUGCUCAGAUGAAUGGGAUUCAUCUGGACCCGGGUCAGAUUGUAACUGUCAGUCUGACAGCUACAUUGGCCAGUGUGGGGGCAGCCAGUAUCCCCAGUGCCGGUUUGGUGACUAUGCUGCUGAUCCUGACCGCUGUGGGGCUGCCAACCCAGGACAUCAGUCUCCUCGUGGCUGUCGACUGGCUGCUGGAUCGGUUCAGGACUUCGGUGAACGUGGUGGGGGAUUCGUACGGUGCAGGCAUCGUGUACCACAUGUCCAAGGCCGAGCUGGACGAGCUGGAUGCGCACGCGGCCAAAUCGGAUGACAUCGAGAUGAUGACAAAGACCCAGUCCUACUACGACGACAUGAAGAACCAUCACGAAAACAAUUCCAACCAGUGCGUCUUAACCGCUACCACUAGCACAACUGCACAAUCUUCUGCUGCUAACAAUUCCAUCGUAGUAGAUGAAUGCAAGGUAACCUCAGCCACAAACGGCUCUGCUGCAGAGUGUACGAUUGUCGAGGAGGAACCAUGGAAACAGGAAUAAUGGCAGCACUGAAAACCCCUGCUCCUGCUGGGCUCCACGACUUUUCAUAACUGGUGAAAAAAUAUGAGUGAAUGAAACAAGUCACAAGAACAGAACUACUACUAAUUUUGUUUUUAUUUUUUUAUGUAGCAAUGUUUACUUUAUUUUGUAUUAGUCCCUUUAAAGGAUAUUUUGUAACUGUCUUUCUGACUGAUGAUACUAACUGAUACCUAAGGUUACGUGUUAGAGCACAAACAUGUCAUGUACAGCAGAUACUUGCACAGCAGACUUCCAGGUUAGACGGACAGGACAAGAUGGAUACGCCAGACCUAGCAAUACAUUUCACUUUGGCAUGUGCACGAAGGGGAGGGGCUGUGAGCAUGUCAUACACUUUAAAGAUAGGACUCAUUUUUCAUGGCAGAUGAUAAGUGGGAGGCAAAGGAUUAAUCAUGGCAAGUUGUUACAGAUUGUUUGUCAAAAUGUGCCACUGCUUCCAGCUUCUAACACCUCACUGCAUGAGUAACUGCCAUAAUAAUGUUGUUUACACUGAAGAUUGCUACUGAUAAUUAAAAGGAAGCACAAUAUAGAGAAAGUCUAUUAAGAAAUACAGCACAAACUGCGGCAUGGAGCCCAUUCGUGUUUAAUAAUUUGUUAUUUUUCCAAAAGGGACCAUAUAUUUUGUGUAUAUGCUAAAAAAGACUAGCAUGUUGUUUAAGAGCUUGGCUAAUUUGAUUGUAUAAGGACCAAACUUUGAAAGAAAGUCAAUGAACUUAAAAAGGCUUUUGCACUGCCUGGAUUACAGAAUAGCCAGCACUAGAGUCAAAAUAAGGCUCAAAUUUUAAAUGCACCUAGUAAAUUCCUGAAUUAAAUCAAAUUAAAUCUGAUCUGUGUACAUAUAUAUGUUAGCACAACACAGAUGAGACACAGAUGAGCUAAAUCUAUCUAACCGACAGUCUCACCUUCAUGCACAUCAAGCUUCUCACGAUCAUGAUCCCAGCAGGAGAGACUCAGGCUUCUACAUGUUUACUCCAAAACAGUGUAAUGCUCUAGUGUUUACCGGCUCAGUCGAGCAAAAAUGCCUAUAUGAGCACAAAUUAGUGACAAUAUUUACAGGGAAAAUGUGACAUGUGCCAAAUCACUGGCAGAAAAGCUCUGAUCCCAGCACACAGUACAUUCCAACGGUUGAACGACCAACUUUUAUAUCGAAAGCACAAGGAAUAAUUACUGAAAAGCACCCAAACAAGUAGCACAGGGAAGACUACAAAAGAGUUCAGCCACAUUACAAGAAGGGCCCAGUGCUAUGAAGCUAGCAGCUUAAAGUUAUCAUGAAGCUGGUUACCUAUGUGUGCCAUUGAUAACGCAGAGUAAAUGACCGAUCACAGCAAAGUGAACACACAAUGAAAAUUUAAAACGAACACUUGGCUUUAAUAAUAUAAAAUCAUACUUUUUGUUGCCAUGAUUCAUUCAGUCUCACAGUUUUGCUUGUGUUCGUGGUCAUAACAUCUUACGUCUGAAUUAGAUCUACCUCUAUAGAACGUGAACCAGCUUCAAGAUACUGCAAAACCCAGUGUUAAUCCUGAAGUUACCUCACUAGCUCCUUAGCUUUAUAGAGCAGGCCCAGAGCGCACGACUGUUUGACCAACCCUAGAUGCUGCAGUUUCGUGCCCAAUCUAACACUCUUUAUGGGGCGCAGACUUUGCCAGAAUGUUGCCAACUGUGUAUCAGGUAAUAUUCCAUUUCACUCUCCAACAAAUGGCUUGAACAAAUCUGCAAACACACUGGACUACUGCUGUUAUGUUUUUAAACCUGUGUGAGUGAAUGAUAGUGCAUAGUGUCCUCUCUGGUGAUGUUUUUUCUUCUUAUAGCUCAUGACAACCUUGCCUUGAAUAUGUUCUGACUGUGUGCUCAGACUGCUAAUUUCAGUAACUCCAGGUGACUUACAUAAACAAACACAUAGUAAAGCAUUAUAUUCUGUAGCCCUUUUAAAAAUAUACUGUUACAUCUUAAAGCACAUAUAUUCUUCAGUCACUCGUGUGAUCAGUAGAACCAGCCGCAGAGCACAGAAAUGUAAUCAUCGUACUUGAGGAUAAAGAUCUCCAGGAAGGAGGCUGGCCCCAGUCUCACAAAGGGGGGGUUUGAGUGUUGGACCACUAUUUUGUUCAAAUACAAGGUUUUUGGAGCAUGAAUAGUUAUUUUUUUUGCACCACUAUCUUAAAAGCAUGAUAUUUUGAAGUGCCUCCUUGCACUUUGUGUAUAUAUUGUAGGUAACUUUUUUCAUUUUGGUUUCUUUUUUGGGGCAGGUAAAUGGUGUGUAGACAAAUUUUAGUUUCACUGCUGUGACAUUUUAAUGUAAUCCUCUAGAGAAGAUUCAUCUCCAGUAAGUCCUGAGUAAAGCUAGAUUAGAUGCAAUGUAUAGAGGAAAGUGUGUGAUAAAAUGCUUGUUUUUUAUUCUUUGGUAGCUGUUAACUAGUGGUUUUACUUACCUGUCACACAUCAAUAUAUAAAUAUAUACUUUUUUGUAUCUAA